AUGCCUAUAUCCCAAGAGACGCUUGAGACGGCUAUCCGACAAGCUAUUCCCGUCACCUACCUAGAGAUCACUGACACCUCAAAUGGCUGUGGCGAGAACUACUCGGUCGUGGUCGUGUCCGAGGCAUUCGAGGGGAAAACAACUUUAGCAAGGCAUCGGUUCAUCAACGAACUACUGAAGAAUGAGAUAGCUUUGAUGCACGCAUUUUCACAGGUAGGCAUGUCCAGAUAG